GCAGCCAACAUUCAGCUCAUAACCACACACAGAUAACAGCGGAAGACCGGGACCGAGUCUCUGAAUAUCGAAGUCAAGCGAUGAAGCCUGGUUGUGUUUCUAAGUUCCUGGUACUAUUUUUUAUCCUCAACAUAUCAAAGUCUAUGGCCAAACAUGACGACGAUCGAGGCUUUAAAGGGGAAGCGGUGACGGGGAAAGCACAUGUGAGCAUCAGCGACUCGGGAAAGAAGAAUGCAAACGACAGAAGUGUGAAUAUCAGCGUCGGAAGUGUGAACAUCAGCGUCAGAAGUGUGACCAUCAGCGUCGGAGAUGGAUCGGUCUUGAAGAGUCCGCUGACCACAGUCUUCCUCCCCAUCGUCUACAUCAUCGUAUUUGUCGUGGGUCUGCCUGCCAACGCUCUGGCCCUCUGGGUGUUUCUAUUCCGGACAAAGAAGAAGAACCCGUCCUCCAUCUUCAUGGCCAACCUGGCGCUGUGUGACCUGCUCUUUGUCAUCUGGAUCCCUCUGAAGAUCGCCUACCACUUAAACGGCAAUAACUGGAUCUACGGUGAGGGUCUGUGCAAGGUCCUGGUGGGGUUCUUCUACGCCAACAUGUACUGCUCCACCGCCUUCAUUGCCUGCAUCAGCAUUCAGCGCUACUGGGGUGUCAUCCAGCCAUUGUCCCGGCAACGAAAGGACAACACUGUGAGCGUGGCCGUCUCCGUGUUGAUCUGGCUGGCGGUCUGGGUCCUAACCACGCCCCUCUUCCUGUACGACCAGACGGUGAGGGUCAGCAACAUGGACAUCGUUACGUGCCAUGACGUCACCCUUCGUAGCCAGAGGGAGUUGGCGGCCGGCUACUUCCUGACCAUGGGCAUCCUGGGAUUCAUAGUUCCGGCGGCGGUGUGCAGUGUGGCCUACGUGCUGAUGCUCAAGGCCCUGUGGAGCUCCAUGACGGACGAGGCCAUCGCCAAGAAACGACGCAAGGCGGUGCUGCUGAUCAUCACCGUGCUGGUCAUGUUCCUGGUGUGCUUCAGUCCCAGUAACAUCAUGCUGCUGGUGCACUACGGCCUCCUGCUGGCCCAGAGGACCAACAACGGCUACGGCUUCUACAUCAUCACCCUGUGCCUGGCCAGCCUCAACAGCUGCAUCGACCCCUUCGUCUAUUACUUCAUCUCGGAGGACUUCCGCAAACACAUACGGAACACGCUCAUCUGCCGCAGCCAGCGCAAGGCAGAGCGCAUGCGCGUGUCUUUCAAUGCACUCAAGAACUCCAAGAAGUCCAAGAAGAGUACGUACAGCUCUGACAGCUCUGGGAAGACCAAGAGCAGCAGCUGCUGACCGUGGGGGGGCGUGUUGGACUUGGCAGGUGCUGCCUCACAACGCGACACACUUUUUAACGUUUUAACAAGAGCUUGUUUUCCUAUGAAUGUGUAUAUUCUGUGAAUUAGAAUUGCUUGUUUUUAUCUGGUCCUUGGUGUUGCUUAGCCUGGCGCCGCCCACCCAACUACUUCCGCUCAAUUUUCAUUUAACUUCAGUACUAGGUCUGGGUCUGCUUAAUAUGAACGCGUUCCAUGGAAACCAGAUUUCUGGCGGUCCAAUCAGCGAACAGAGGGAGUGGCUGAGAACGAUGACGUCUAGGUCGCGCGCCAGUUUCACUUGUAGUCAGAGACAAUGGAGAAGAAUACGAGAGAAGCUAUUCGGUCUGUGGUGGUGUGGUAGAAAUUAAUGAUUAUAUUCUAUGGUAAACUAUGAUUAUUAUUAGGCCUGUAUAUCUAAUGGUAGAAAACAUGUAAAGCGUCUUGGAUUUUGAUCCAGGGCUGGUCACGAGGCCUGGGAGUCUUGGGUCAGAGCAGGGGUUGGGGCACAACCCACCAGGAGCAGGAAGCUACUGAGACAAUGCAUGCUGACUCCACUUCCUGGGUCCUAGAUUAUCUCGGUGACCAUCUGUUUAGAAGUAUUUGUGUUUGAUUAUGUGUGGACACCGAAAAAACAAGAAACUGCUGAGUACUGUGCUAUUGUGUGUUUAAGAAGAGGCUGGAAUCUGUUGACGAGGAGUGAUUCUGACAGACCCACCCGGCUGUUAUCGUUGUUGUUGUACUUCACGAUAAAGUCUUUUGUCAAUACUUGCUCCGGACCCCUCGAUUUCUUUUACUCUCUCUCUUGAAUUAGUCUGAGUGUUUUAUAUCUCGGUUAUAAUCUACAACAUAAUUUGGCGUCGCGACCAGGACUGAAAAGAGACAGCCCAACUGCCGGGCUGCAAGGCGGGGCGCGGACGGAUCACACAACCAAGCGCACAAAAUUAAUCUCGGUAAGUUUGGCUUACCACUCAUUUAAUGGUUGGUUGAUCUGUUUUUGCCCCGUCUGAACGCUUGGUGAACGGGUAAAGUGUCUCUUCAGUCAAACAAACCUAAGUUAGAGAGAGAGAGAGAGAGAGAGACGGGAGCUCCGGGAGAGAUUGACAUGCGCGCGCACAUAGGCCCUAGGCGCUCUGUGGUUCUAAAUGACCAAGAAGCUUUGUGGCUCCAUAUUUUGAUACGAGUUGUUGUUAUUUGGUGAUUUGAGGUUUUGGUUAAAUAGACCUACUAUAAAGUCCUGUGGCUGUAUUCUAGAGGAUCGAAUUAGUGGGAAAGUUCCAAUAGGACACUACAGGUCCGCAGGUCGGUUGAAGUACCUGUUGGAUGUCUGAGAGUAUCCCAGAGAGCUGGGUUGGAAUUCAUUGCCGUCGAUGAAUUCAUUUUUAUUUGAGAAGGGCUUCCUUGGGAUGCCGACUGGUGAAUUUUAGGUUCUUUGCUUGGACCAGUUGGACUGCAGUUCCUGCUCCAUGCGGGGAGAAUUUCUAAUUCCGGUCUUGGCAUCUUGAGAAAACGGGCUUCUCGCACUUUUGAAUAGAUAAGUUUCUUGGUUGGAGUACCGUUUGAGUUGGUAUUUUGAGGAGUCUCUUGUUUGUUCGUGAUCUGGUCGAGUGUUUAUGUGUUCAGCCAUUAUUUUGAAGGAAUAGGCUAGUUGUUUGAAGCAUCGUUUGAAUGAGUUCAAUGCCCUAAACGUGAUUCAAUUGAGCUGCAGAUGUUGGAUCUGGAGGUGGGGCCAGUCUUUAAUUCUGAUCUUGGUGCUUUGUGGCAAUGGUUCUUGUUUGAAAUUCUGGUUGAUUCAUUAUCCAUCCGACUGUUCAUGUUUUAACCAAAAGGCCAGUUUCGACGCUCGGUCAACCUUUUAUUUGUAAUUAAUUACAAACAAUUCUGACAUUUUUCAAUAUAAUAUAAAAAAAUGUAUGAAUCAGUUUAUUGUCUGUAUUUAAGUCGUGUUAGGAUUAAGUUACCUCUGAGAUUUUUACGACCCGGUUUAUUUUUUGUUGAUUCUGUCAUAACUAAAUUAGGCGGACAGAGAAUGGUUAAUUUUUUUGAAGUAGUUGAUAAUCAUAAAUAAAUUAGACGGCUAGAGAAUAGUUAAUUUGUUGAAGUACUGAAUAAAUUUGUAAAUCUUCUUUGACUUAAACAUUAUCGCGCUGACUCUAACUGCAUGUGCAUGAGUAAAACACGGGACGAGCAGGAGCAUGCAGGCCAGGUUUAAAAAUAGAUAACAGUGAAGGGUUGGGGCCACAUUCCAAUCUUCAGUAGGGGAGACGAGCGCCUGGGAAGAGUUCACAUUUGUAGCUUAGAGACAAUAAAGUAUUUAAACUAACUAGUAUAAUAAACUCAAAUAAAUUGUAUUAAUAAAUAGUGUAUUUCAGAAUCAAUAAAUAAAAUAAAUAAAGUAAUAAAGUAAUAAUUAAAAAUGGCACCAACAGCGGUAGAAGUUUUGAGUAGAGACAAUCCACUCCUCAGAAAUUAGAUAAAACAAAUUUCUGAGAAGUGGGAGAAGCGGACAGUUAAAUCAGGCACAAUAUGGCCCGCGGGAGGGACUUUUGAUCCAACAAUGUGUAGGGACAUGGAGGUAGUAAUAAGGAACUACAAACCUAAUAGAAGUGGUAAAAAAGCCUUGGAAAAGAGAGACAGGGAAAAGUUAGUGCUAGCUUUGUUCGAAGAGGAGGGAGAGAGGUGCGCGCAUUACAACGGGUGGCCAGAAAAAUAAUCACAAAGGAAGAAGAGGCUCAACCUUUGCCUCUGAAGCUUGAGCCACCGCCGUACAAACCAACUAAGAUGUAUCCACUGUUAACAGGCAACGUAGAAAUUAAAGGGGAAGUCACACUAGAUGAAGGAGAUAAUAAAUGUAACACACAGGGGAAUAGGGGUGCACCCAUACACAUGGACUGUUAUGAGGGGAUUAGGAAAGCAAGGGAAGAGUGUAGCAAUGCUGACAUUAGUUCUAGUGAGAGUGAAAACGGGAAUGAAGAAGAGGGAGAGGGGUCUGGCUGCAGACAUCCACCCAAACGCUCCAGACAUCCACCCACACGCACUUCCGCUGCAGACAGAAACAUCCACCCACACGCCGGAAAUUGCGUGCUGGUGGAUGUCUGGAGCACGAGUUGCACAUUAUUCAACAGCGCCCCCUCGGGUCACACUUUCCGGUGGGUCGCAGAAUUCGGUGUAACAACGGGACUCACUGCACGAAGAUGUGACGUUCGGCUCAGCUGCACUUGGAGGUUAUGGUAGGUGACUAUUCAAAACACAGCGAUACAAUUAUAAAUGCACGAGACUUGCAUUUCUUUACCGAUCUAUUAGUUUCAUUAAGUUUAGAUUUUUUCAUCAAACAAAUAACAGAACGUUACACCAAUAUGAAGCAUUUGUUGUUUUAUUCCACACUGACGGUGGCAAACGCUAGCUAGGUGUCAUUUUUGCAAGAUAGGCAAAUGUUUUUUGUAAACGUUGUGUAGCCUAUAGUCGGUCUUGUUAAACGAUUUUAGAGAUUUGUAGAUGUGUUGGGAGCAUAAACGAUUUUAAUAUUUGGACUUUUGACAGUCAUCUGUAGUCCAAAACAGAGUUAAGUUGUAAUAACAUAAUUACCACGAAUUGAAUUGACGCAGUUCGUUUCGCUUUAACUAGAGUUGCACCUAUCAGCUGUUCAUCUCCGCAGCGGUGGCUGAGAAGUGUGAUAUCAUUCAAUAGACAAAAUCGAUCGUUCAAUAUUCGAUCUGCCUGUUUAGUUCAUACAAUCUGUUUAUAACUAAGAGAUCAUAGCACUUAGUUCAGUUAAAAGGGGUAAAAGAGAUGAAAAAUGUAAUAAAACUGAUAAAAGUUAAUGAAUUACUGUUAUGUAAUAGCCUACUAUCCUGUCUCAGAUUCUAAAUGUUCAAUGUCCCCCAGUCAAUAGGGUGCUGGGGCUCAGACAGUUCAUAAAACAUAUAAUGACAGAGAGAAACAGAUGUAAAGUACAGUAUGAGGUAGAAAUAUAUCUCAUCAUUACUUAUAUGCCAAUAAUAGUUAAAGUUGAUGCUCUGAAGGGACAAUAAUUGCUGCACACCCCUAAUAAAUGUUAAGUUUUUCUAUUUCAGCCUUUUUCGUCUAGACUACAACCACUACUGAAUUACCGGCCUUUAAAUAGUUUGCUGUGCUGUGAGAAUUUAUCGUCUUUGAUCUUAAUUUUUUCUACAAUUACAACAUCAAUUGUAACAUUUUUUUUCUGUCUUUUGUAGAUGCAUCACUCGAUUUUUAGGGAUGAUUCAAAGCCAGAAGUCAAACGCUGCACAACUUGCUGCACACUUUUCCACUGCCCCCUAUGCCCAACUUUUAAACCAACCGUAAACACGAAGCUUCAGUGCCACCUGGAAUCCCACAUAAAACAUUCCAUUACAUUUAAAGGUGAUAUAUGUAUGUGUGUAGAAAGAAUAUAAGAAUGUAUGUGUAUGUGUCUAUAGACAAUAUUUAUGAAUGUUUGUCUGCUUACUUUUAUAAGUCACUGACUUAUUUUCCUCUAUAUUUUGCCUGCAUUGAUCUUAGACACAAAGAUCAAUGAUAAUUUCCCUGAAUCUUCCACCAUUCAGUCAUGACAAUAAUCUUUUGUAAAGAAUGUGCCAUCCUCCUAGGUGUGAUGGUCUUUCAUUAUUUUAAGUAUUUAAAGAGGACCAAAUUAUUCUGGUGUUCAACUCACUCAGUGUUCAACAGUUUCAGGUCCUCCUCUCUGUAGACAGACUUACCCCCUCCAGUUAUGUUUCCCACCACAGUGCCGUUGUUGUCUAAUUUGAUGUGUUAUUAUCUGGAUGGGCUUGUCUGCAGUCCGGGGUGUAGAACCUUACAGUUCCAAGUCUUAGUUUAAGUAACUAACUGGUUGCAAAAAUAAUAUAAUUGAAUAUAAAAUAA